UGCCAAAUCAUUCACUCGGCAAGAUGAAAGUUUGUUAAUAAUAUUUAAAACCAAAGGUUUGCGAAAAACCGUAUUGUAUCUCGUGAUCGCAUUCAUGUCCUGCGCCCUGGUGUUCGAUGGGCUGAUCAGGAUGUCGGAGCACCUCGGAGUGGACUUCUUCAUUGCGUUCACGUUGACGUCCGCCACAGAGGUCCCUUCGAUUGCCUUAGUGGUCCUGCUAAUAGACAGGUUUGGACGUCGCAAAAUAGUCUCAUUGCCCUUGAUUAUAGGAGGAGUCGUAGCGUUUGUAGGCGCUUUUGUGCCCAGAGGAGUGGCGUCUGUGGUGAUGGCAAUGGGGGCGCGGUUCCUGGGCAACAUGGCGUACAGCGCCGUGAUCCAGUGGACGCCCGAGCUCAUGCCCACCAGCGUGCGCGCCUCGGGCGCCUCCUUCGUGCACGUCAGCGGGUUCGCCGCCGCCAUGCUGGCCCCCUUCCUCGUUUAUUCCGAGCGCGUGUGGGGGGAACUGCCGCUGGUGCUGGUGGGCGCGACCGCGGUGACGGGCGGCGCCGUGGCGCUGCUGCUGCCCGAGACGGCGGGCCAGCCGCUGCCGCAGACCCUGGAUGACUACGAGCGCAUCGCCGCCGCACGACGCCGCCGGUAG